CAAACCCUCCAUAGUCAGAUAACUAACACCAAUACUGCCUUACCCUCAGCGUCUUCAUUCAAAUCUCUGAACAAGGCAAAAAAGAUAAUAAUAUGGCUCUUAAGCUCUGGGCUUCUUCAACAGCCAAUGCUCUGAAGCUCUCUAAUGGCCGCGCAAGAGCCACCUUCUCCAUCUCCAGAUCCUUCUCUUCUGUUUUGGAUGGAUUGAAGUACAGUUCUUCUCAUGAAUGGAUCAAAGAUGAAGGCUCAGUAGCCACCAUUGGAAUCACUGACCAUGCUCAGGGCCAUCUAGGUGAAGUAGUGUUUGUAGAGCUACCAGAAUCCGGCAGCUCGGUGUCGAAAGGCAGCGGCUUUGGAGCUGUGGAGAGCGUCAAAGCAACCAGCGAUGUGAACUCUCCCAUUUCAGGGGAAGUGGUGGAGGUCAAUAAAAAGCUCACUGAAACACCAGGCCUGAUCAAUUCGAGCCCUUAUGAAGAAGGAUGGAUGAUUAAGGUCAAGCCAAGCAACCCAACUGAAUUGGACUCAUUGUUGGGUCCAGCUGAAUACACAAAGUUCUGUGAGGAAGAAGAUGCUCAUCAUUAAAUAGCAGCAAGGCAAUCAAUCAUAUUGUUGUUCUUACUGUUUUUUUUUUUCUUUUUCUUUUUGUGCUUUGAUGAAAAAUUAAUCAUGUUGUUUUCUUUUCUCUCAUCAUUGUGUUGAUGAUUUGAAGAAUAGCCUCAUUAAAUCUGAAAA